AGGCAAGGGCCGCCAUUUUGACUGAGCAACCCUAGUGACAGGAGCCGAAGCAGCAGCGCAGGUUGUCCCCGUUUCCCCUCCCCCUUCCCUUCUCCGGUUGACUUCCCGGGCCCCCAACACUUCACAGUCCUGGUCCCGCCAUGUCCCAGAAACAAGAAGAGGAGAACCCUGCGGAGGAGACCGGCGAGGAGAAGCAGGACACACAGGAGAAAGAAGGUAUUCUCCCUGAGAGAGCCGAAGAGGCAAAGCUAAAGGCCAAAUAUCCAAGCCUAGGACAAAAGCCUGGGGGCUCCGACUUCCUCAUGAAGAGACUCCAGAAAGGGCAAAAGUACUUUGACUCAGGAGACUACAACAUGGCCAAAGCCAAGAUGAAGAAUAAGCAGCUGCCAAGUGCGGGACCAGACAAGACCCUGGUGACUGGUGACCACAUCCCCACCCCGCAGGACCUGCCCCAGAGAAAGUCCUCGCUCGUCACCAGCAAGCUUGCGGGCGGCCAAGUUGAAUGAUGCUGCCCGGGGCUCCGCCAGAUCCUGAGACGCUGCCCUCCUGGGUCCUGUGCUGGCUCCUGCCCCUCCCUGCUUUUGCAGCCAGGGGUCAGGAGGUGGCUCGGGUGCGGGCUGGAGAGGCAGAAGCCCCUGCCCGUCGGUGUCCCAGCGCAUGGAGCCCCUUGGGCUGAGCACCAAGACCCCGAACCUUUUUUGUUUUACCUUUUUUCCAAAUAAUUGUUGGGAGAAAUCUCAGUGAAAUCCUGGCGGGCAGGGUGGGGGUGGGGGGGUGGUGUUUGAGAGGGUGGGGUGGGACAUUUGUGGGGGAUAUGAAAUAGGGCUUGGAGUUGAUAAAAAACAUUCCUGACUAUCAACCACGUGGCUGGUGUGGGAUGGGUGUGAGGGGAGGAGUGGAGUAGUUCCAAUCCAGCUCUGUAGAAAAAUGCCUUGUUUGCUUGGAUGUGGCUGGGGACCUGGUGUCAGAUACAAGAAACUGUCCAUCUAAAUAUGACAGAUACAAAUGGCUCCUCUGGUCCUGCAGAGCAAGCUGAGAACACAAUUAAUGUUAAUUGUUCAUUUUAAAAAGUGCUGUCCUCGAAAUAGAUUUUCUGUGGGGAAAAGGGCAGUGAGUGUGGGGAAAGGGGCCAUGAGCGUGGGGAGCCCCACAGAGCCCAGGGGACUUUUUGAAUAUUUGAAAUAAAAAAAAAAAAAGAA